AUGGCGCGUCUAGGCCGCGUGGGGUUUCUCGCCCUCGCAGUGAUCUUUCACUUGAUCUAUACAUACUCAAUCUUUGACAUCUACUUUGUCAGUCCAAUCGUUAGUGGCAUGCGAUCAUAUGGUGUCGAGCGGUCAUCUAAUGCCCCGGCACCUGCCAAACGUCUCGUCCUCUUUGUCGCCGACGGUCUACGGGCCGACAAGGCCUUCCAAGCUUUCCCUGACCCGUCCCCCAACGCCGAUCCAGAAAACAACGAAUUGAUUCGCCUGUCUCCCUUUAUUCGCUCGCAAGUCCUCUCCCACGGAACGUUUGGCGUCUCACACACCCGAGUCCCCACCGAAUCACGGCCAGGCCAUGUUGCGCUUAUCGCAGGUCUCUAUGAGGAUGUAUCCUCCGUUACCACAGGAUGGAAGAUGAACCCGGUGAAUUUCGACAGUGUUUUCAACCAGAGCCGACACACUUGGAGCUGGGGCAGCCCUGAUAUCUUACCAAUGUUUAAGGAGGGCGCCGUACCGGGCAAAGUCGAUGCGGAAAUGUAUAGUGAAGAAGCGGAGGACUUCACCGUCGAUGCGACCCAUCUAGACACUUGGGUCUUCUCCAAAGUCCAUGACCUCUUCGAAUCGGCAAAGACCGACCCGAACUUGGACCGAAAACUGCGGGACGACAAAUUGGUGUUCUUCCUCCAUCUGCUUGGACUGGAUACCACUGGCCACUCUUUCAGGCCCUACUCGAAUGAAUACCUACACAACAUCAAGAUAGUGGAUCAAGGAGUCCAGGCCGUCACAGAGUUGGUGGAAGAUUUCUACGGAGAUGGCAAAACGGCAUUCGUGUUCACCGCAGACCAUGGCAUGAGUGACACGGGCAGCCAUGGUGAUGGUCAUCCGGACAACACGCGGACACCGUUGGUUGUCUGGGGAUCUGGUGUCGCGCGUCCAGAGCUCUCCACUGAGGGGAUUGCUGCGGGUCAUGAAGACGGUUUCUCGGCGGAUUGGGGAUUCGACCAAGUCCGUCGACACGAUGUAGCACAGGCUGAUGUUGCCGCGCUCAUGGCCUACCUAGUCGGCCUUGACUUCCCCGUCAACUCUGUUGGUCAAUUGCCGCUGGACUACCUCAAUGCUAGCCCGAAGGAAAAGGCCCUGGCUGCUCUCGCCAAUACGCAGGGUGUUUUAGAGAUGUACCGCGUCAAAGAAGAACAAAAGAGAGACGCAGUGAUUCGGUAUGUGCCCUAUGAGCCACUAUCGGGCUAUCACGAGAACUCCGUUGAAGGCAGACUGGCAAAAAUUGAGGCACUCAUCUCUAGUGGUGACCAUGAGGAGGCUAUUGUGGUAUGUGCCGAGCUUCUUCGCGUUGCUCUGGAAGGCCUGCGCUAUCUACAAACCUAUGACUGGCUAUUCUUGCGGACCAUUGUCUCCGUUGGAUACUUGGGUUGGAUCGCGUAUGCGCUGACUACGGUUAUUGAUCUGCACGUCUUGCAUGGAACAUCGGACUCUCACCGGACGACCGCGAGUAUCUCAUUCUUCUCAUCGAUCCUAGUCGCCUUGUUCUCGGUGUUCCUUUACCAGGGCUCAUCCUGGCGCUACUAUUUCUAUGCCUUCUUCCCGGUUUACUUCUGGGAGGAGGUUUUUGCCCGCCGUAAGGCUCUCGUUGCCGGUCGUCAGAUUGUCUUGGGUCAUGUGUGCUCCUUUACUGGAUACCUCAAGUUCGGACUCCAGCUACUAGCAUUCCUCGGUGUGAUGGAGGCAAUGGUUCAAUCAUAUUUCCAUCGCGAAAUAUUUACCGUCUGCUUUGCUUUGGGUGCGUUGUGGCCUGUUAUUCAUGGCUUUGGCUUCAUUCGCAGCCAUGCGGCAUUGUCUGCGACUUGGGCUCUCGCUUGCGGUUUGAUGAGUUCGUUCACUCUUCUGCCAGUAAUCAAGGUUGAAAACCUUGAUACAAUCACAUAUGGCGGCUUGCUCAUGUUCCUUACUGGCAUUUUGUACUUGCUGUUUGAGGAUGCUAUCAUCGGACAUCGCGACCCGGAAUCUAAAGAAUCGAAUGCUAUUGGUCGUGUGGGCUCACGCAUCAUCAUGGGAAUUCAGCUCGGCAUGGUUCUGCUUGCUGUCAUCGUCACUAGGUCAUCUGUACUCUCUCUCCAGGCUCGCCAAGGCCUGCCGUUUGGAAAUAUCGUGGUUGGAUGGGUCGUCCUAGUGGCCUCCCUAACGCUUCCAUUCUUCCACCGUCUGUAUCCGAAUAGUCAUUAUCUGCACCGGCUCAUGAUCAUCUUCUUGACCUUCUCGCCAACUUUUAUCAUUCUCACAAUAUCAUGGGAAGGCCUGUUUUACUUCGUAUUCUGCAUGACCAUUGUGACAUGGGUUCGUCUGGAACAUGCCGUUUACGUGCACACAGCAGACGCCUUGAAGAAACCUAAGAAUCCUGGCAUGACGACCAUUGACGGUGAAACUUAUUACUACCGUGCCCUUACUCUCUCCGACGUCCGCGUGGCACUCUUCUUCUUUUUCCUGCUGCAAUCAGCUUUCUUCAGCACCGGCAAUGUGGCUUCGAUCUCGACCUUCUCCCUCGACAGCGUCCGCCGCCUUAUCCCCGUCUUCGAUCCUUUCGCCCAAGGCGCACUCCUGAUUCUUCAAAUCCUCAUCCCCUUUGCCAUCAUCAGUGCCAAUCUAGGUAUCCUUAACCGUCGCCUGGAGGUACCCCCCAGCGCGCUCUUCAUGGUUGUCAUGGCCAUCUCGGACAUCAUGACCCUCAACUUCUUCUUCAUGGUGCGCGAUGAGGGCUCGUGGCUUGAUAUUGGAAUGACUAUUAGUCAUUUCUGUAUUGCCAGUGCCCUUUGUACCUUUGUGGCGGGUCUAGAGUUCCUCAGCGAGCAAUUUGUCAGCGGUGUGGACUUCACCCCCACGGGGACAGCCGUUGGGGCGGUGGUCCAGACUAUUGAGGAAGCCACCAAGUGUGGCCACGAGGACCGCAGGGAGCCGAAGAAAGCCCAAUCCAAUGGGGCCAAACAGCCUAAAUCCAAGGGCAAGGGUAAGGGUAAGGGUAAAUCAGGAAAGAGUGGGUGGUCAUAA